AUGGCCGCCCUUGCCCUUGGCCACCUCGCCGCCGGCCCCACCUACCGCCACCACGGGCACGGCGUCGCGGCAGCAGCAUCCUCCUCCUCCCUCCGGCUGCGCUCCUUCAUCCGGGUCUACGCGCUCUCCAGCAACGACAUCAGGGUCGGCACCAACGUCAAGGUCGACGGCGCGCCAUGGAAAGUUCUAGAGUUUCUCGACGUCAAGCCUGGAAAAGGCGCUGCUUUCGUCAGGACGAAAUUGCGCAACUAUGUCACCGGCAACACAGUUGAGGAAACCUUUCGGGCUGGAAGUACGACAACAUUUGAAGAAAGUCGGUUAAAUGAAGCAGAUGUCGGUGACAAGCAAAAAUGGCUGAAAGAAGGAAUGGACUGCAAUUUGCUGUCCUGGAAUGGGAAGAUCAUUGAUUUCGAGCUCCCCAUCACUGUGAGGCUGACCGUAACUGAUACUGACCCUGGGGCAAGCGAUAGUGCACAAGGAGGAACAAAGCCUGCAACCCUGGAAACUGGAGCUGUUGUCACCGUGCCUUCUUUUGUGAACGUAGGCGAUGAUAUUCUGGUUGAUUCAAGAACAGGGCAGUACAUGAACCGAGCAUAA